ACGUGACAGGCGCUCACGUGACGGCGGCAGCGAUGGCGGCGGAGGAGGAGGAACGGGCGCUGCUGGGCCCUGCCGGCGGCGACGAUGGCGGCCGGUCUCCGGGCUCCCCCCGUGCCCUGCCUGCCGUCUGCGACCCGCGGCGCUUGCCGCACCGCCUCCUUGUGCUCGCUCUCAUGUGCUUCCUGGGCUUCGGCAGCUACUUCUGCUACGACAACCCGGCGGCGCUCCAAACGCAGGUUCAGCGGGAUAUGAAGGUGAACACAGCGCAGUUCAUGGCGCUCUAUGCUUGGUAUUCCUGGCCCAAUGUGGUUCUUUGCUUCUUUGGAGGUUUUCUGAUAGACAGAGUAUUUGGAAUACGGUUGGGCACUGUAAUAUUUAGUAUCUUUGUUUGUGUUGGGCAGGUGAUUUUUGCUUUGGGAGCACUAGUUAAUACUUUCUGGCUGAUGGAGGUGGGCAGGUUCAUAUUUGGAAUAGGCGGAGAGUCCUUAGCAGUGGCACAAAACACGUAUGCAGUCAGUUGGUUUAAAGGCAAGGAGUUAAAUCUUGUGUUUGGAUUACAACUGAGCAUGGCCAGAAUUGGGAGCACAGUGAACAUGAAUAUCAUGGGAUGGAUAUACUCUAGAGUUCAAGAUCUCCUGGGGUAUACUGGUCCCAGUACUCUUGGGUUAACUCUUAUGAUAGGUGGUGUAACGUGUCUGUUUUCACUGGCCUGUGCAUUAAUCCUUGCUUAUCUGGACAGGAGAGCAGAGAAGCUCCUUCAUAAAGAGCAAGGGAAAACAGGUGAAGUGAUUAAGCUAACAGAUGUGAAGGACUUUUCUUUGUCCUUGUGGCUUAUAUUCAUAAUCUGUGUCUGCUACUAUGCAGUGGUUUUUCCUUUCAUUGGACUUGGAAAGGUUUUCUUUAUUGAGAAAUUCAAAUUCUCAUCUCAAGAAGCAAGUGCAAUUAACAGUAUUGUGUAUAUCAUAUCGGCACCCAUGUCCCCAAUAUUUGGACUCCUGGUGGAUAAACUUGGAAAGAAUAUCAUCUGGGUUUUAUGUGCAGUAAUAACUACACUUGCUUCUCAUAUUAUGUUGGCUUUUACCUUCUGGAACCCUUGGAUAGCAAUGUGUUUGCUAGGAGUGGCCUACUCACUGCUUGCCUGUGCCCUCUGGCCCAUGGUGGCCUUCGUUGUUCCAGAACACCAGCUGGGAACUGCCUAUGGCUUUAUGCAGUCUAUCCAGAAUCUUGGUCUGGCCAUUAUUGCUAUAGCAGCUGGGAUGAUUCUGGACACAAGAGGAUACUUGUUUCUUGAAGUCUUCUUCAGUGCUUGUGUUUGCUUGUCACUAAUAGCUGUAGUCAUGCUGUAUUUUGUGAAUCACCUCACAGGUGGUGAUCUCAACUGGUCUGCAAAGAAAAGGGAAAAACUGCAAAAAGUAGCUGCAGCUGAAGUGGAAGAACAAGAGAGACUCAGACGUCAAAAUGAAGAUGACUUGGCUAAAUUACAGCCAAAAGCUGAUGACUUUAGUUUAAGGAAUAAAUACCUCUCCAAACUAGGCGCUCAGCUACCAGGUAAUUACUCUUCCUAUUUAUCGACAAUGGCCCACAGAAGCGUGUUGAAAUAGCAUCUUGCCCCACUUCCAAAAGCAGAAACACACUGAAGUUCCUGGUACACAAAACUUUGUUUCCUGCACUGACCGCCACCACAGCAAAAGCAGAAUGAUGCACCAUAAUUUUCUGCAAGCAUAGAUCCUAUUUUUAAAAUAGUUGGCUUAAGCUCCCCCUCCACACCAUGGGUAAAUAACACAGAUACCUCUGAAGAACCAUCUGGUUGUUUAUUUGAACCCAUGAGCUAUGUGCUACACUCUCUUGUCUAAAAUACUCAGUGAGUAGCUUGAGUCAGUAGGUAAGACUUGAUCUCUUCAGCGAUGUCUGAAAUGUGAAAGCUUUGUUUCAAUAAUCAAAUCACUUCGAACCGAGCCUUGAGGUAGGUACGGGUUAUUUCGCCUCUCAAGUUGGACAACUUGGUUACCAUGUUGGAAAUGGUCUGUUUGAUUUUUCUACAAGAAAAAUGGAAGGAAAGACUACUUUUUUAGUUUGGUCUAAGCAAGUAUUUCGAAGGAAACCAAACUACAAUUUCAGUGUUACGGUUCAAAAAGUGAAUUCAAUGCCAGUUCACAGGCUUAGCAAUAAACCUCAUGUAAGUCCUGAUUAAUGUGAAAAUUGAUGUAUUUUUAAGAGGUUGUGACUACAAAUGGUGAAAAGAGUUAAAUGCAAGAACUGAAGUUUGAUGUUCAGUGGAAAAAUGUUCAAUUUCAUAAUGAAACUUAACACUUUCCCAUAAUUUCAGUGGAAGGCUUGUUGCUGAGCAGCUAGUUCCUCGUAGCUCCUGCAGAUUGCAUUUUUCUUUUUGUUACUCGUAAAGGCUCACUUAUGUAAUUUGGACAAACUAUUCCUAAGUAGGCUAAUCUUACUUUAGAAGGCAAGAACAGCUGGCUUUCUGGAGCUCUAGGUACACCAAGCGAAGAGCUGCUACUCGGGUGGAGGAUAAGGUGCACGGGGGUGAGUGGCCUUUCCUUGCCCGACUUCAGGGAGUCCUUGUGUGCCACAAAAUGCUGAAGAGCCUUUGAGUUGCUUGACUGCAGAGAAAGUAAUUUAUUAUAAUAAAAAUGUUACAUUAUACCUGUAA